AUGGGCUGGUUCUGGGGCGCCACCGCAGACGACAAGAAUUCCUCCGCCGACCCCCUCCGCAACCUCGACCCCAACAACCGCUACGCCCACCUCUGGAAAACCUACACCCCCCAAUCCGCCAUCGAAGCGGCCUCGAAAUCCGACUCCGAGAAGAUCGCCGACGUCCUCGAGGGCUACAAGUACCGCAAAGCCGAGAUCGGGCGCGCGGCGCUGGAGAACUGCGCGCUGGAGCAGUGGGAGGUGAAUGAGUGUUUCUCGAAUGGCGGGGUCAAGGCGCGUCUCACGAUGUGUCGGACGGAGAAUAAGAGUCUGGAGCGCUGCGUGGAGAUGCAGCAGAAGUUCCUGAAGGCGCUGGGGUACCUGAGUACGUUUGAUAGGGGGAAAGAUGUGGAUGAGAAGAUCCAGAUGCAUGCUGAUACGCUGUAUCACCGUAUGUUGGCCCAGGAGAAGGCGGUGCAGGAGGCGGAGAAGGAGGGGAAGGAGAUGCCGAAGUUCGCGCCGCUGUUGGGGAAGGGUGGGAGUUCGGUUACUGCGGUAACUGCUGCAGAGGCGGCGGCGGCGAAGGAGCAGGCGCCGGAGAUACCGAAGACGAGCCCGUUGGCGAAAUUACCGCUUGAUAUCCAGGCGCAGAUCAAGGAGAAGCUCGAGGGCUUGACGGGGAUCGAGCGCGAGUUGCAGGAGAAGGCGUUGGCGGCGGAAGUGUCAGCUGGGCAGGAGGUGAAGGCGAAUUUGAAGGAUAUUUAUAAAGAUUCGAACGCGGAGAGGCAGAAGAGGGUGGAGGAGGGGAAUGAGACCAUUGUGGAUCGGGUUUCGUCGAUUUUGGGGGGUUGGAAGUAGGGGGUGGGAUAGCUGUAUGAUAGGCUGGUGGAUGGGAAGGCGCGAUGCUCUGUAUGAUUGGGAUGGGAUGUGGUGUACGAAAAGGGGAGUUGGAUCUGAGCGCUGCUAUUUAUGUGUACAAAUAAGGAAAAUAUACACCCAACAUUCUCCCUCGUGCCCAAUCCCGACAUGCCGUGUGAAAGCUACGAGUAUCCUGCGCCUCGCCAUAUAGAUUCACACUCAUUCAUUGCCAAACGUAGCCUCAACAGAAACAG